AUGUCAGCCGCGGCAGGAAGUUCCACGCCAACAUCAGUCGCCGCCCAGAAAGCAUACGACUAUCUCUUCAAACUGUUGCUAAUUGGCGAUUCUGGCGUCGGGAAGACCUGCUUACUAUUCCGUUUCGCAGAGAACUCGUUCAAUCCGACAUUCAUUUCCACCAUCGGGAUUGAUUUCAAAAUUCAAACGGUUGAAAUUGACGGGAAGAGGAUAAAGCUGCAAGUUUGGGACACUGCUGGACAGGAACGAUUCCGAACAAUCACUACUGCUUAUUACCGAGGAGCAAUGGGCAUCCUCUUGGUGUACGAUGUCACAUCAAAGAAGACUUUUGACAAUAUAACGAAUUGGCUCAAGAACAUUGAAGAACAUGCAGCUGAAGGUGUUGAGCAGCUUCUUGUUGCAAACAAGUGUGACCAGGAAGAUAAGCGCGUUAUCAGCGAGGAGCAAGGGCAGCUGCUGGCGGUGCACCACGGUAUCGAUUUUAUCGAAUGCUCAGCGAUGAGCGGGGAGAACGUUCGCGAGGCAUUUUACCGAAUGGCCCGACGCGUGAAAACGAAGCAUGAGUCGAAAGAAUCGGCGCAAAGGGCGGACGGCAGCAAAUCGGUGAAGAUCCUCUCUGAUCCCGGAUCGCCAUCGCCCCUGGGCAAAAGCCUUGGCAAUUGCUGCUGA